GGUCCAGGUCUGUACUAUGUGGAUGAUAAUGGUACGCGUCUCUCUGGCCGGAUGUUCUCCACAGGCUGUGGGAACAGCUAUGCAUAUGGUGUAGUGGACAGUGGUUAUCGUGAGGAUAUGACCGUGGAAGAGGCGUAUGAGCUGGGCCGUCGUGGUAUUGCUCAUGCCACACACAGAGACGCCUAUUCUGGUGGUGUGGUCAACUUAUAUCACAUGCAGGAGGAUGGCUGGAUCAAAGUGUGUAAGGAGGACGUGUCAGAAUUAAUCCACCAAUAUAAGAAGGGAAUGUUCUGAUCACAUCUGAUCUCUCAUCCAAGCAACUCUCACUGUUUUAUUAUUUUAUCUGACAGUACAAAAUUAAAAUGAUCUCAAAGACA